GCGGGGAUCCCGCGCCGCCGCGCCCGGGUGGCCGGCCAUGAUCACCUAGGAGGCUGGCGCAAGCGGCGGUGCAGCCGGGCGCGGCGACACUCGGCCAUGCAGCGAGAGUCGGGGUCAGCCAAGGAGCCCGAGCCCCCGGUGAGGCGGUGGCGCCGCCGGGAGGGCAGGACGCGCACGGUGCGCUCCAACCUGCUGCCGCCCCCGAGCGCGGAGGACUCUGUGGCGGGUGCCACCAAGGGCGAACGGCUGCAGCGGCUCGGGUGUGUCCAGCACCUGGCAGACAACCGGCUCAAGACCACCAAGUACACACUGCUGUCCUUCCUGCCCAAGAAUCUAUUCGAGCAGUUCCACCGCCUGGCCAACGUGUACUUUGUCUUCAUCGCGCUGCUCAACUUCGUGCCGGCGGUGAACGCCUUCCAGCCUGGCUUGGCGCUGGCGCCCGUGCUGUUCAUCCUGGCGGUCACGGCCUUCAAGGACUUGUGGGAAGACUACAGCCGCUACCGCUCGGACCAUGAGAUCAACCACCUGGGCUGCCUGGUCUUCAGCAGGGAAGAAAAGAAGUAUGUGAACCGAUUCUGGAAAGAAAUCCGUGUGGGAGACUUCGUGCGUCUUCGCUGCAAUGAGAUCAUUCCUGCAGACAUUCUGCUGCUCUCCUCCAGUGACCCCGAUGGGCUGUGUCACAUCGAGACUGCCAACCUGGAUGGAGAGACCAACCUGAAGCGACGGCAAGUGGUCCGUGGCUUCUCAGAGCUUGUCUCCGAAUUCAAUCCUUUGACGUUCACCAGUGUAAUCGAGUGUGAGAAGCCAAACAAUGACCUGACUAGGUUUCGUGGUUGCAUCAUACACGAUAAUGGGAAGAAGGCUGGACUGUAUAAGGAAAACCUGCUGCUGCGAGGGUGUACCAUCAGGAAUACAGAAGCAGUGGUUGGCAUCGUCAUCUAUGCAGGACAUGAAACCAAGGCUCUGCUGAACAACAGCGGGCCCCGGUACAAGCGCAGCCAACUUGAGAGGCAGAUGAACUGCGACGUGCUCUGGUGUGUCCUUCUCCUCGUUUGUAUGUCUCUGUUUUCAGCGGUCGGACAUGGAUUGUGGGUACAGCGGUAUCAAGAUAAGAAAGCAUUAUUUGAUGUCCCUGAGUCUGACGGCAGUUCUUUAUCCCCAGUCACAGCAGCAGUUUACUCAUUUUUGACAAUGAUAAUAGUUCUGCAGGUUUUGAUCCCCAUUUCCUUAUAUGUUUCCAUUGAAAUUGUUAAAGUUUGCCAAGUGUACUUCAUUAACCAGGAUAUAGAGUUGUACGAUGAAGAGACAGAUUCUCAGCUGCAGUGUCGGGCUCUGAACAUCACGGAAGACUUAGGGCAGAUACAGUAUAUCUUCUCAGACAAAACUGGCACUUUAACUGAGAAUAAAAUGGUUUUCCGAAGAUGCACAGUGUCUGGCAUAGAAUAUUCUCAUGAUGCAAAUGCCCAGCGUCUGGCCAGAUACCAGGAGGCAGACUCAGAAGAGGAGGAGGUGCCCAGGGGGGGCUCAUCCCAGCGUGGCAGUAUUGGGAGCCACCAGAGUGUCCGGAUCCUACACAGGAGUCAGAGUACAAAGUCCUACUGGCGCACAGGCAGCCGGGCUGAGGCCAAGAGGGCUAGCAUGCUGUCCAAGCACACAGCUUUCAGCAGCCCCAUGGAGAAAGAUAUUACACCUGAUCCAAAGCUGUUAGAGAAGGUGAGCGAGUGUGACAGGUACCUGGCCAUAUCAAGGCACCAGGAGCACCCUCUGGCCCAACUUUCUCCAGAGCUGUCUGACGUCUUUGAUUUCUUCAUUGCGCUUACCAUCUGCAAUACAGUAGUGGUCACAUCCCCGGAUCAGCCACGACAGAAGGUGAGGGUAAGGUUUGAGCUGAAGUCUCCAGUGAAGACAAUAGAAGAUUUCCUCCGGAGGUUCACGCCCAGCCGCCUGACCUCUGGCUGCAGCAGCAUUGGGAGCCUGGCUACCACCAAGUCCAGCCACAAAUCAGGGUGCAGCUUCAUGUCCGCUCUGUCCAAUGACAGCAUGCUUUUGAGGCUGGAGGAGAGGCUGGGCCAGCCCACACCAGCCAUUGCCAGCAAUGGCUACAGCACCCCUGCAGACAGCUGGGAACCCAACUGCCCCCAGGAGCCUCAGCCAAAGCAGGAGCUGAGGUUUGAGGCCGAGAGCCCAGACGAGGCAGCACUGGUGUAUGCAGCCAAGGCCUACAACUGUGCACUGGUGGAUCGGCUACAUGACCAGGUGUCAGUGGAGCUGCCCCACCUAGGAAGGCUCACUUUUGAACUCCUGCACACGCUCGGCUUUGACUCCAUUCGCAAGAGGAUGUCUGUGGUGAUCCGGCACCCACUCACCGAUGAGAUCAAUGUCUACACCAAGGGGGCUGACUCAGUAGUCAUGGAUCUCCUGCUGCCCUGCUCCUCAGAUGACGCCAGAGGAAAGCAUCAAAACAAGAUCCGAAGCAAAACACAGAAUUACCUCAACCUGUAUGCAAUGGAAGGCCUGCGUACCUUGUGCAUUGCCAAGAGGGUUCUGAGCAAAGAAGAGUAUGCCUGUUGGUUGCAAAGCCACUUAGAAGCAGAAUCAUCUGUGGACAACCGAGAGGAGCUCCUUUUCCAAUCUGCCAUUCGCCUUGAGACGAAUCUGCAUCUAUUGGGUGCCACAGGAAUCGAAGACCGCCUACAGGAUGGAGUCCCUGAAACUAUCACUAAAUUGCGUCAAGCAGGCCUACAAAUUUGGGUUCUCACUGGUGACAAACAAGAAACAGCCAUUAACAUUGCAUAUGCCUGCAAACUUCUGGACCAUGAUGAAGAAGUCAUCACCCUAAACGCCGAAUCCCAGGAAGCCUGUGCAGCCCUGCUGGAUCAGUGUCUGCACCACGUGCAGUCCAGGGGUUCCCACAGGCCCCCUGAGAAGACCGAAAGCUCUGUGAAUGUGGGAUUCUCCCCUCUGUACCUGGCCUCCGCCACACCCACUGUCUCUGGCCCCAGCCCAAGCCUUGUGAUUGAUGGAAGAAGUUUGGCCUAUGCCCUUGAGAAAAACCUGGAGGACAAAUUUCUUUUCCUCGCCAAGCAGUGCCGCUCAGUUCUCUGCUGUCGGUCAACCCCUCUGCAGAAAAGUAUGGUGGUAAAGCUGGUCAGAAGCAAGCUGAAGGCCAUGACCCUGGCAAUAGGUGAUGGAGCCAAUGAUGUCAGCAUGAUCCAGGUGGCAGACGUGGGUGUGGGCAUAUCAGGCCAGGAGGGCAUGCAGGCAGUGAUGGCCAGUGACUUUGCAGUGCCAAGAUUCCGAUAUUUGGAGAGACUCUUAAUUGUCCAUGGACAUUGGUGCUACUCCCGACUGGCCAACAUGGUGCUAUAUUUCUUCUACAAAAACACAAUGUUCGUGGGCCUCCUGUUUUGGUUCCAGUUUUACUGUGGUUUCUCUGCAUCAGCAAUGAUUGACCAAUGGUAUCUAAUCUUCUUUAAUCUACUAUUCUCGUCACUUCCCCAGCUUGUGACUGGGGUGCUGGACAAGGAUGUACCAGCCCAUGUGCUGCUUUUGAAGCCACAGCUCUACAAGAGUGGCCAGAAUAUGGAGGAAUAUCGGCCACGUGCCUUCUGGUUAAACAUGGUUGAUGCUGCCUUCCAGAGCUUGGUUUGUUUUUUCAUUCCUUACCUGGCCUACUAUGACUCAGAUGUGGACAUGUUUACUUGGGGAACUCCCAUCACAGCAAUCGCACUGUUCACUUUCCUGCUGCACCUGGGUAUUGAAACCAGAACCUGGACCUGGCUCAACUGGACAGCUUGUGUCUUUAGUAUCUUUUUAUUUUUCACCGUGGCUUUGAUUUACAAUGCUUCUUGUGCAACAUGUUAUCCUCCAUCUAACCCUUAUUGGACCAUGCACACAUUACUGGGAGACCCCGUGUUCUACUUGAUUUGCCUCAUAGCACCUAUCACUGCAUUGCUGCCCAGAUUGUUUUUCAAAGCUCUCCAGGGGAGCCUCUUCCCAACCCAACUUCAGCUGGCACGCCAGUCAGCCAAGAAAUUUCUCAAGAAACCCAAAACUCCCAAAGAAAUCUUAGUUCAGAAACAUUUCCCUGGAGACCCAAAAACAGAGCUCUCGGAAGGGAUGACCAUGAGUCCCUCUGAAACCCUCUCCAAGGACUGUGCCUCAGAAGCUUCUCAGAACACACAGCAGCCAUCCUGCUCCCUAAAGACCAGCAGGGAGCUCAGCACAGUGGACAUAAGUAUGCCAUUGAGAGAGGACACCAUGCAGGAAGGACUGGAUGCUCAGGCCCCAGGAUCCUCCAGGCCAGAGGAGGCUGUUUUAGAAGCGUGUCCUGAGGACUCCAAGAGGAAACCCACCAGUACAAGCCAGGAACCCCCUCUAUCGUCCCUCUUCAACCUGCCCAGUUUCGGUUCACUCAACUGGAUCUCCUCCCUCUCAAUGGUCAGUGGGCUGGGAAGUGUCUUCCAGUUCUCCAGAAGUAGUUUACACAUGGACAAGCAGGAUGGAGAGUUCCUGCCCAGCCCCCCACAGCCAGAUCAGGACUUACAUGGCUUACAGGGACAGGCCACAGACUACUUCUAGGAUCACCUUCAAGGGACAGCAGCAGACAGUCACAGUGAAACCUUGAAAUGGCCUUAUAUAUAUAUAUAUAUAUAUAUAUAUAACGUAGAUAUUAAUAUUAUUUAUGUUUAUUAUUUGCACAGAAGAGUUCUAGGGAGAUAUAUUUUUAAAUGUUUCCAAGGUUAACACAGGAAACAAGAGGUACCAAAAAGAAAGUUUAUUUUUUAAAGUUCUAAGUAGAGUAUAUUGAAAAGAAAAAUAAAGAGCUUUAACAUAUAAAUAUAUAUAUAUAUAUAUAUAUAUAAAGUUGAAAGAAGAAUGACACUUAAAAAGUGUCUUUGAAUUUAUUUUUUCAUCUCAUUUUGUAAGAAAAGGCAAUAUGACUUAUUUUUUCUUCAACAUGCGUGACCCUUGCUUUCCCUGAGUACACUCUUGUGAUUAAGCCCAGUGAACCUGGGUAGGUGUGGACAUGGAUGGCAGUGAGGAGAGGUGAUAGAGGGUAGGGCAUGUGAACUCCCAAGACAUAUCCCUCCACUGGCUUCCAUUUCUACCAACCCAGAAGGACUGUGGCUCUGCUUUACCCAUGAAGGGGAAAGUGAGAACUCAAGAAAAACUCAUGUGUGAAGUUUAUUCUGAUGCUCAAUUCAAUGCAGGCACUUUGUAAAGAUCUUGUAGGUAUGACAGCCCUAUGUAAUAUUUUGCCUGUUAAGAUCAUCACAAGCAAUAAACAAACUUCACUUUGCAAAGACAAUGUGUCCAGUCACCACAGUCAUAUGAAGUAUUAAUAUAUGACCUAAUGGAGUGUGUUCUGAAUACUGCAGGGAACUUCCUUUUAGAUACUAUGAAGAAAACAGCUCAGAGACACACUACCCUGUCACUGCACAGCUCCUUAUACCUCAGCUUCCUGGACCAGGGCCAUCAGCACUAUCCAAACCCUUUCUGCCAAGAGGCUAGAUGUUUUGAGCAAUUAUCUUCAGGCAUUUGUCUGAUGAGCCAUUAUUUCUGUCCCUCUAAAAAGAGAAAAAGAAGGGGGAAAGAUUCUUUAAAUAAAAAAAAUCUACUGGGGAUUCUUUUCUGAGCCCUUUAUUUCAACUUUGUCAGACAGUCAUUAAUGUCAUGACCACUCUGCUCAGUAAUGAAGCUAAGAAAUAAGCAGGGCAUCUGAUUAAGUUAUCAGGACUUCUGGCUCAUGUGGACACCUACUGCCAAGUACAGCAAUGAAAAAAGAACAAAAGGACAGUGAAAUUUGGGGAAGAAUUUCUAGUUAUCCAAUCAGUGUGGUUCAUUACAAGUACCAGAAAACAUACUUUAUUCUGGUCAAAAUGAAAGGGAAGGCAUAGCUCACUGUCUGCAGGUCCUGAGGAGGAUGGGCUCCAGGUGAUUGGACUCAUCAAACCAGAAUCCAGGGUGCUGUGGUUUGAAAGUAUCCUCCAAUAUUCCUCCAAUAGAAACUUAAUUCCCACUGCAACUGUGUUGGGAGGUGGGGUCUUUGGGUGAGAUGUUUAGAUCAUGAGGCUUCUGUCCCUAUCAAAAAGGUUUGCAGGGUUUGGCUUUCUUUUGCCCUUAUACCUUCUGCCAUGUGAACAUGCCUCAAGAAAAACCUUCACCAAACACAAGCACCUUGAUUUGGAACUUUCCAGCAUCCAGAACUGUGAAAAUAAAUCUGUUCUUUAUAGAA